UAAGGGCAGAGAUAAGGGGAAACAAAUAAACAAUCAUGUUGGGAAAUACAGAACCUCUUUAUACGAUCACGGGGGUAGUGUCAUUAGGCGCCUGCGCCUGUAGCAAUUUACGGACCUCGUCCGUAGUGUAAAGUUUACAUCAAAGGAAUCGUCUUUUAACCACGAGUGUUUUGUUUUGUUUUUAUGACACUGUCGCCAUAUUGUAGCUCGUAAACCGAGUGACAUCACGAAAGCGUGUUCCUUCCGUCCAACGCUGUGUGGAGCUGCUUCAGCUCUGCUGCUCGGGAGACAAAGCAACGAACUGGUCCUCCUCCGGAUCAAUCAAAUGUGUCAUAUUUAACUGUUUAGUAACCGAAACCUUUUGGAUUACACGCCACGACCAAAUGAUCCUAGAAGUGGGAUCCAGCAGGGCAUCAUUAAAUGGAGGCCAUGCGCGCACCAUCUGAUCUACACAUAAAAACACUGAUGGCCGAACUUGCCUGAGCAACACCCAUGACCCAUAAAACACUGACAAACUGCCUUUGAUAGCCAAACCAGACGUUCUCCCCGUCCCCCUCCACCCAACCCUGCCGAACCCCCCCGCUCUACCAAGAUGGACGGCCAAGAUGGCAUCUCCCGUGACGGGGAGGACAUGGAAGCGAGCCCAGAGCCAGAGGGCAGCGUGGAGAGCUUAGAGCCAGAGGGCAGCGUGGAGAGCCCAGAGCCAGAGGGCAGCGUGGAGAGCAGGAGAAGAGAAGCAACAGGAACCUGUCUGAAAAUCGAAGGGCAGGACGGCUACGUGUUUAAAUCCUACAGCUUGACCCCUCGGGACCCCACAGAGGUCAAACCAUCCCCCCCUGGACUCCCUGCUGCACAGACAGGUCUCCCCUCGCCACCUGGCCCCCCCUCGCCACCUGGGGCCCCCGCUCAGGAGGGGCCUUCAGAUGAGGAACCCCCUCAGGUUGAUCUGCAGGUAUCAGUGUCAGACACGGUGUCAGACAAGGCGACAGAGACUGCUGCUCCUCCACACGUCCUGAAAACGGCGAUGGAGAUAAAGGAGGAGGAUCCGGAUGAACAUAUCCAGGAGGAGGGGGAGGGGGGUCAGAACGGAACAGGGGAGGAGGAGGGGGAGGAGGGGGUUCAGAACGGAACAGAGGAGGACGGCGUCCGAGACGAAGGCUCAUCUUUCGACAGCUCGGUGGGUCCCUUUGCAACAAGAGACACCGACGAUUACAGUAAUCUGAUGAGUGGGUACACAAGUACCCUGUACGACGUUGCCAUGGACGCGGUUACCCAGAGCCUCCUGUCAUCCAUGAGGAGCCCCGCCAACCCCAGAAAGAAAUCUCCCGCCUGGAACCAUUUUUGUAUCUCCCCACGCGACAGCACCAAAGCAAUCUGUAUGUACUGUAUGAAAGAGUUCAGCCGAGGGAAAAACGAGAAAGACCUGAGCACCAGCUGUCUGAUGAGACACGUGAGAAGGGCUCACCCCACUGUGCUUCUGCAGGACGGCGACUCCAUCUCCUCCUCCAACCACCUGACCAAUCCCCUCGCCGCCUCUCUAUUACCUCCCUCAAACUCACCAAAAAGCGGAGAUCUCCCAGCAGCUAACUCGACCCCCUCUCAGAGCCACGCGUCACCCUCCACCUCCUCUGCGGAGGGCUCAGACACGUCGUCCAAAGACGCGUUACCAAAACUCAAACCAAAACUAGAACAGUGCGCCAAAAACGUCUCGGCCCAGGUCUCACCGUUGCCACACACCGAUAGCCACGGCGAAGAGGCGAUGGACGUGGCGACCGAAGCCUUCCAGCCUUCUGCAGCCAAAAGCUCCAGCUCUAGACGGAGGUCGGCCGUUUGGAAACACUUCUACCUGUCCCCGGCAGACAGCUCCAAAGCAGUGUGCAUCCACUGCAUGAACGAGUUCAGCCGGGGAAAGAAUGGGAAGGACUUGGGGACCAGCUGCUUGAUCCGACACAUGUGGAGGGCCCACAAGGACAUUGUCAUCGAGGAAAACGGACAGGGCUCCAAUAUCCCUCCGCCCUACACCUACCCACCCACGCUCCUGUCCCGCACGCAGACACAGGAUCCCGUGGAGAUUAAAAAAGAGUCGCCUCUCCCCUCGUCCUCGCCGGACACCAUAUCAGACGAAGUGCCCCGUCACGCUGACGACAACAUGGAAGUGAAAGAGGAGUCGGAGGAUGUUCUCAACCUAUCAGGGCAGGAGUCUUCCCUCAACCUGUCCUUUCAAGGACUCCAAGGGGACGAAUCCCUUCUCCCCUCAUCGCCAUUCGACCUCUCCGAAGGCUCCAGUCUCAAUCCGGACCAAAGUUCGGUUUUCCAGCAAAACAAAAAGAUCAUGAAGCGUGUCAAGUCGGAGGUGUGGCACCACUUCAUAGUGUCUCCGGUGGACCAGCUCAAGGCCUUAUGCCGGUACUGCCCCUGUGUCAUCAGCAGGGGGAAACGCGGAGACUUCGGGACCAGCUGCCUGAUGAGGCACCUAAUGAGGCGUCACCCCGACGUCCUCAAAAACCAAAAAAACCCAGAGGAGCCCUCCUCUCAUCCGUACGCCUCUGCCGGCGCCCACGCAGUCUCACCCAAAGAGACCGAAAGAAACCCAGCUGGUGAAAAAAAGACACUGGCUAUGCCAGUGUUCAGUAAAAAGACGUCAAAACUGUGGAACCAUUUCUCCAUAUCCCCUUCCGAUCCCACUAAGGUGGUUUGUUUGCACUGUAGCCGCACAAUUAGCAGAGGGAAAAAAACGACAAACCUCGGCACCAGCUGCCUCUUUAGGCACAUGCAGAGAUUUCACGAACACGUUCUUGAAAGCAACAAAAAUAACUCAGGUGAUGCGCUGUCUGCUGAAUUUCACGUGAAACAAGAGCUCAUGGAUGCUACGCCCGCGUAUGAGGACAACGGCGAGAAGUUCGACGAGUUCCACCCGGUUGCCAAAAAAAUCACCACGCUCGUCGCAGAAAUGCUUGCACUGGAUCUUCAACCGUCAGCCCUGGUGGAGAAUGCCGGCCUGAACCGGCUACUGGAAUACCUCCAGCCUCAGUAUUCCCUGCCGUCCUCCUCCUUCUUCACCAGCACUGCCAUACCCGACAUGUACGAGAGGGUGAAGGAGGUCGUUCUCACUCACCUGAAGGAGGCGGAGAGCAGCGUAGUCCAUUUCACGACCAGCGUCUGGGUCAGCAGCCAGACCAGGGAGUACCUGACUCUCACGGCCCACUGGGCGUGUUACGAGUCCAGCGUCCGUCCACAGGCUCAGGACUUCCACUGCUCUGCUCUCCUCAGCGUCUCGCUCAUUGACGGCGACCGCGACUCCCUGAGGAUCCAGAAGCAGCUGGAAUACCUCUGGGACACCUGGGUCACCUCCUCUGGGCUCAAGAAAGGAUUCACGGUGACCGACGACGACGCCGUCCGCAUCGUCCUGGAGGACGCGGAGCACGAGACUGUGCAGUGUUUCGGCCACACCGUGGACCUCAUUGUGAACGAAGCCAUAAAGAGCCAGAGGAUGGUUCAGAACCUGCUGAGCAUCGCGCGGAAGAUCUGCGAGCGCGUGCAGCGCUCGGCCAAAGCCAAGGAGAAGCUGUCCCAGCUGCAGCAGGUCUACCAGCUCCCGGAGAACCAGCUGGUCCAGGACGUGCCGUCCAAGUGGAGGACCUCCUUCCUUAUGCUGGAGCGCUUAGUGGAGCAGAAGAAGGUCAUCGACGAGAUGUCGAUUGAGUGCAAUUUCAGGGAAAUGAUCAGCUGCGACCAGUGGGAGGUGAUGCAGUCCGUCUGCAACGCGUUGAAACCCUUCGAUGUGGCCUGCAGUGAGAUGUGCAGCCGUACGGCCACGCUGGGACAAGUCAUACCACUGAUCCACAUCCUCAACAGGAAGAUAGACAUGCUCUUCGACGAGACGAUGGGCAUCGACAACAUGCUGAAGUCCCUGAAGGACUCCAUGGUCAGCAGGAUGUCCUCGACACUACAAGACCCACGAUACACCUGGGCCACCAUGCUGGAUCCCCGCUACAAGACUUCUUUGUUCACGGAGGAAGAGGCGGAGCAAUGCAAACAAGAGCUAAUCAGAGAGCUUGAGGUGUCCCUUUCUACCUCGACCGGAACCAAGACGUUGUCCAACGGCUGCGGCGAAAGCCGUACUUCACCCGACAGCUCCCCUGCAAACAAAGACAACCUCUGGUCUCUCAUGAAAGACAUCAGGCACAAGAUUAAGCAAGAGGAGAGGCCCAAGUCCUCGGAGCUGGCCGUCCUGGAGUAUCUGGAAGAGGACAUACUGGAUCAAAGCUGUGACCCCCUCGACUAUUGGAACCUUAAAAAGUUCCAGUGGCCGGAUCUUGCCAAAGUGGCCGUGCGCUAUGUGGGCUGCCCGCCCAGCAUCGUCCCGGCAGAGACCCUGUUCAGCACUGCCACCGUGAACUGUGCCCUGAACCAGCCCAGGCCCUUGCUAGACAACAUAGAGGGCCUCCUCUUUCUCAAGGUCAACCUCCCUUUGAUUUAUUUUCAAUACUGAUAAAGAACCGUUGCUUAAAAAUGUCAAGGACCAAAUGACAGGAAACUGUUGAAUGCGGCCCUUUCUUUUUUUUUUACACAAAAGAACAAAAUGUAAACACUGCUGGGUUCAUCCGACACAAACGAGGAUUUGAACUUUUGUUUUUAGCUGAACUGCAUUUGUGUGUACUACUGUCAACACUGAGCUUCUCGUCAGACUCAGUUAUUCAGGGAGGGAGGGGUUGUUUAGCUGUAGGGUUUGUUGAUAUUUGUUGCUGUACAUUAUUUUUUUUAUGUCGACGUUUGUGUGUCUCUCUCCUUGUGCCUUAUACAAACUACUUCAGGUCAAAAUGCUGUAAAUAUUUUUUACGAUGCGCAAAUCAUGUCAUAAGUCCUUCUGAUUACACAAUGGCUUAAAAUAGAAAUGAAAUUCUGUAAUGUUUUCUGAGUGAAAACAUGGCGCAAAAUACAAAUGCUGUGAUUGAAAGAUAAUGUUUUAAGUUUA